AUGAGCUUGGGAAUUAGAGUAUGCGAUAAUGCUAGGGCGUACCCCACAGGCGACGCGCAGAUGCAGCACCCGGCGUCUGUGGGAAAUGGACAAGGGUUGCUGCUCCAGGGACGGGGGCAGCGUAAGAGGCGAGUCCAGGAGGUGACCUUGAGGAUUGCCAGUUGGAAUGUGGGUACGAUGACUGGGAGAGGACGAGAGCUAGCAGAUGUUUUGGAAAGGAGACGGAUAAAUAUAGCGUGCUUGCAGGAGACGAAGUGGAAGGGACAGAGAGCAAGAGAAAUAGGGGCGGGUUAUAAGUUUUAUUAUUGCGGCUGUGAUGGGAAAAGAAAUGGCGUAGGUAUAGUGUUAGAUAGAGAGCUCAAGAACAAGGUGAUGGAUGUGAAAAGAGUGAAUGAUAGAGUUAUUGUAGUAAAACUGUUGAUUGAAGACUCGGUUUUAAAUGUCGUUAGUGUGUAUGCGCCGCAAACGGGAUGCGAUGACAGUAUGAAAGAAAGAUUUUGGGAGGAUUUUGAUGCGGUAAUAAUGAAAGUACCAGAGUGUGAGGAAAUAUACAUUGGGGGGGGACUUUAA